CCAGCCAGUCAGCCAGCAGCGAUGGCGGACGCUCCUCCUCCUCAGCCACCGUCCGGUUGGAACUUCGCUGCCAUGGCUGCCAACGUCGUGCAGUUUCUCAGACUGCCUGUUCUGGCGUCUGGCGGCCUGGCCGUUGUCGCCAGCGGCAUGCUCUACUUCAAGCAAAAUGACCUGAUCUAUCCCCGCAACAUACCCGCCGAUGCACGAACAAACGUUCCCAAGCCGUCAGACUUCGGCAUGACCAACUUCGAAGACCUGCGCAUCCCCACCCCGGACGGCGAGGUGCUGGCUGCCUACUUCAUCCGUCCCUCCAACAGGAAAAUCAAGGCGCAGGUCACCAUCCUCAUGUUCCACGGCAAUGCGGGGAACAUCGGCCACCGCGCUCCCAUAGCCCAUAUGCUUGAGCAGCAGCUAGACUGCAACAUCUUCAUGCUCGAGUACAGAGGCUACGGCCUCUCCACGGGUACCCCGGACGAGGCUGGCCUCAAGAUAGACGCCCAGACGGCGCUCGACUAUAUUCGGAACCGGGCCGAGUUGCAGGGCACCAAGAUUGUUAUCCAUGGGCAGAGCCUGGGUGGUGCCGUGGCUAUUGAUCUGGUUGCAAAGAACCAGAAGGAGGGGGACAUCAAGGCGUUGAUCCUGGAGAAUACCUUUCUUAGCAUCCGCAAGCUGAUACCCAGUGUCUUCCCGGCUGCAAAGUACGUUGCUAGACUGUGUCAUCAGACCUGGUUGAAUGAGGAGGUGCUGCCCAAAAUCACCACUGUCCCAAUACUGUUCCUCAGCGGCCUGAAAGAUGAGAUAAUUCCCAUGUCUAAAGGAACAGAAUGCAUCUGGCGCACCUUUCCCAACGGCCAGCAUAACGACACCGUUGCCGAGCCCAUGUAUUUCGAUUACAUACAUGCCUUCAUCGUCGACGAAGUCCUGGACUAA